AUGUAGGCUAUGUUAUUGUUUUUUAGAACCGCCGUGAAAAGACAUUCUCAUGUAGCCGACUUAGUUGAGUGAGAUGUAGAAUUCUAUAAAUAGUUUCUAUUCACGCAGUUUGGUAGAAAUACAAUUCUUUGUGUGAACAAAACCAAGACAUUGUGUGGACAAAAAUAGUUUUACAAUACUAAUAUAAAGCAAAAAAACAACAACAACAAAGAAAGAUGAAACUCUCGCUAGUGCUGCUACUAUCACUGCCUAUUUUGAUUAACUGUUUUUUUCUUUCGGAACAUGAACGCCAACUGACCAGCUUCGAUGAAGAUGAACUAGGAAACAGAGCACUUCGCCAUAAGAGAGGAGCCAGCUCUAGCAGCAGUGAAAGUGAUAGUGAUAGUGAGAGCUCGGAGGAACGUGGCUACUAUCGUCGUAGGCCUUAUACUGAGCGUUUCUACUGGCCCACUUACAGGCAGCAUAGAUGGCAACCAACCCAUCCAAGAGCACCACCCACCACAAGAGCGCCAGAAACCACCAGAGCAUCACCACCACCAACCACCAGUGAUGCCCAGGAGCCUAGCCAAAACCUGGAAGAGACUGAGACACAUGUGCAUACUUUGUCCAACGGAGGCCUUGACGGAGCAGGCCAGGACAUUAAUUACAAUGUUCAAACUAUGUAAUCUCUAACAAUGUACAAACUAUGUAAUCUCUAACAAUGUACAAACUAUGUAAUCUCUAACACUUGAUGUCGUAGAGUAAGUAGUCUUAAGAAUCGACCUUUUAAAGGUUAAAGGUAUAUAUAUAUAUAUAUAUAUAUAUAUAUAUAUAUAUAUAUAGGUCUAUUAGAGCUUAAUGCUUUUGACUAAAAUUAAGAAAAUUAAGAUUAGGUUUACUAGGUUUAUUAAGAUUGUUUAAGGGUUAGUAUUCUGGGACCAAAUGAAGUUGAUAAGAGUUAAAUGUGGGCUUAGUAUAACUUUUGAGGCCAGAGCAACAAUCUUUUUUUUUUUUUGUUUUGUUUUAUUUUAUCAGAAUGAUGAUACGUUUCAUUUUAAUAUUAUGUCAUUAUCCUACACAUGGGGCUUUUGUCUCAGCCUACUAGCAACUUGGAAAUAAUCCUCUUUCUUUUGCUUUGCUUAUUUUCUAAUCAGAAUAGGAUUUAGGAAAGAAAUGGUUUGUGGUGCAUAGACUCUCAAACACACAAUACAUAUAGAUUUAAAUUUGUAUUUUAUCCACCAACCACUUCUUUUAAAUGUUUAUAAAACUACUAUAGCUCCAGUUCACUCCGCUACCCUCCCCCUUUCCAAAUGUUUCUCACAAAAUCCCUUCCACGAUCCAUAGUCAUGACGUCCUCAACCGUAUCAAAUUUUGGUGAUAAACGAAUUUACUAUGUAGCUUUAAAUAUCUAUAUAUCUAUAUUAUAUAUAUAUAUAUAUAUAUAUAUAUAUAUAUAUAUAUAUAUAUAUAUAUAUAUGACAUAUGUAUAUUCAGUCUAAAAACCUUGUGCUAAUUAAAAUUGUUAGUGUAAAAUAAGAGUAAACUUUAAUAAACUUGAUCUUGAAAAAAAAAAUUUAAGAGAAAAUGCAAGAAAAAUGUGUAAAAUCAAACGGGCAGCCUCUUAAAGCUUUUGCAACAAGAUGAAACAAUACUUGCUUAGUGUUGUAUAAUGUAUUUAUGGUCCCACUCUGUACAUUUUUAUAUUACAGUUUUGUUAGUUUAGUAUAAUACAGUAUAGAGCAACAAACUGUUUGGAUUGUUUCGAUUAAAUGUCAUAUUCUAC